AUGUGUCUGCUUUUAUUUGUAGUUUACCUGAGAUGCACUGGUGGUGAGAUAGGAGCCACCUCAGCUCUGGCCCCCAAAAUCGGACCUCUGGGUUUGUCUCCCAAAAAAGUUGGUGAUGACAUUGCCAAGGCAACCGGUGACUGGAAAGGCUUGAGGAUCACUGUCAAACUGACCAUCCAGAACAGACAGGCCCAGAUUGAGGUUGUGCCAUCCGCCUCUGCUCUGAUCAUCAAGGCCCUGAAGGAGCCUCCACGUGACAGGAAGAAGCAGAAGAACAUUAAACACAGUGGAAGCAUCACUUUUGAUGAAGUUGUCAGCAUUGCUCGUCAGAUGAGGCAUCGUUCCCUGGCCAGAGAACUAUCUGGUACCAUCAAGGAGAUCCUGGGCACAGCUCAGUCUGUGGGCUGCAAUAUUGAUGGCAGACUCCCACAUGAUAUAAUUGAUGAUAUUAACAGUGGCGACAUUGAAUGCCCAGCGGUAAGUUUCGCUUCACUUGUUUGGCGUUUGCUGAGCUUUGUGUACUUUUUUAUUUAUAUUUUUUUAAUUUUUUUUUUCCCCUCUAAUCAUUUUUUUUUUUUUUUUUCUUUGCAGAGCUAA